CAGAUUCACUAACGCAAUCUCUAUAUACAAUACAAACUUUGUAUCUGAAUCCACUAUGUAUCUUACUCUCACUCCCAAUCCCAAACAUUCCCCAACGCAACACAAUGAUCACACCUUCUCUCAGUUUCCUCCUCCUCCUCUUCACUGUGGCCUCCGCAGUGCCAAGUUUCUUGAACUACAGCUGCAUCACCGCCAACAACCCAGCCAGCACCACCUACCUCAACAACCUCAACAUCCUCUUAACCAAUCUCACUUCCAACACACAAAUCGACUACGGCUUCUACACUUCCUUCUUCGGCCACAACACUGACACAGCCUACGCUAUUGGCAUGUGCAGAGGAGACGUCAACCUCAACGAUUGCCGAAGCUGCCUCAAUGAUUCCAGACUCCUUCUCACUCAGAUAUGUCCCAACUACCAAGCCGUUGGUUGGUACGAAUACUGCAUGCUUCGGUACUCCAACCUUUCCAUGCUCGGAAGAGUUGCGGAUCAUCCACAAUUCUCUUUGUGGAAUCCCUACUUCAUUUCUUCCAAAGAGUUCAAUCAGUUCAACAAAUCACUCAACACCUUGAUGGACAAGCUCAGAAUCGAAGCUUCUGGAGGUGACUAUCGUCGUAAGUAUGCCUUCCAAAACGUGACUUCUGGAAUUCAGAGCUACAAAGGCAUAUUUGGCCUUGCACAGUGCACACCUGAUUUGUCUCGGCAACAGUGCGACGAUUGCCUGUUUGGGGCAUUUUCGGAAAUUCAAGGUUGUUGUAAUGGUAGGAGAGGUGCUAGGGUUAUCAAACCCAGUUGUAACAUUAGAUAUGAAAUCUACCCUUUCUUGACGUCUACCAUUGAUGCAUUCUCACCGUCAAACGCUCCAGGAAAAGGUAGCAAUACAUCACGAACCACCGUCAUCAUCGUCAUCAUAGUUGUUGUUGCUGUUGCUGCCGCUGCUGCUUCUAUUUUGGUGCUCAGUUAUGUGUACGUCUAUUUAAGAAAAAAUUUUCAAACUGAUGAAUCGAAUGAAGAAAUCAUAGCUGAUGAAUCAUUACAGUUCACCUUUGAUACCAUACGAGUUGCUACAGAGGAUUUCUCAUAUUCUAAUAAAUUAGGAGAAGGUGGAUUUGGAUCUGUUUAUAAGGGAAAGCUCUCCAAUGGACAAAUGAUUGCUGUGAAGAGGUUAUCGAAGGACUCAGGCCAAGGAGAGAUGGAAUUCAGGAAUGAAGUGCAGUUAUUAGCUGAGCUUCAACACCAAAAUUUGGUUAAGCUUCUUGGUUUUUGCUUGAAAGGAAGUGAAAGGUUACUUAUCUAUGAAUUUGUUCCCAAUAAAAGCCUUGAUUACUUCCUAUUUGAUCCAACCAAGUGCAGACAAUUGGAUUGGAUAAAUAGAUUCAAAAUCAUUGAAGGUGUUGCACGAGCCCUGCUUUAUCUUCAUGAGGAUUGUAAGACACGUAUUAUACACCGAGACCUAAAACCAAGCAAUAUUCUUUUAGAUGAAGAGAUGAAUGCUAAACUAUCAGAUUUUGGAUUGGCACGAUUAUUUAUUGUAGACCAAAAUCAAGGAAAAACCAGUAAAAUUGUUGGUACAUAUGGAUAUAUGGCGCCCGAAUACGCUAUGUACGGACAAUUUUCAGUCAAGUCAGAUGUCUUUAGUUUUGGCGUCCUAGUUCUUGAAAUCGUGAGCGGCCAAAAACACAAUUGCACACGCCGCGGAGAUACUUUAGAGGAGUUACCCCUAACCUUUGCAUGGAGAAGUUGGAUGGAGGGCAGAGCUGCAAAUAUUAUAGAUCCAUCACUAAGCAACAGUGCAGAAAAUGAAAUAUUGAGAUGCAUUCACAUUGGUUUGCUGUGUGUUCAAGAGAAUUUAGUUGAGAGACCAACCAUGGCUUCCAUUGUAUUGAUGCUUAAUAGCUCAUCUCUGAGUCUUCCAGUACCAAUGGAACCUGCAUUUUUCGCGGGAAGCAGAGCCAAAAGUCCUCGAGUUGCGGAUAAACAGUCAGAGGAGUAUAUUUUAAAGGGAACAAAUGAAUCAACAGGACUGAAAUCAGCCGCAGAAUCUUUGAUUUUGGAAGGCACUUUGUUAGAAUUAUUUCAUUUUUACAUGUUUGAUUCAGGAUUUAUUCUGAUACAAAAUAAAUAUAAAAAGAGUAAAAAUAGAAGUUCCAACAUAACACAUAUGGUAAGUGUCAUGGUAUAAAAAUAUUUAAAAGAA